CAGCAGGAGUAGGCGCAUUAUUGAUAACUUUUAAACAAUAUAAACCACAGGCGACAGUUUACAGCCAAGAAUUAAGCCAUGAAAGCGUUUUAAUAGCGCAGGAAUUAUUAACUAAUAGAAAAGAAGAAGAUUGA